ACGUGCAUAAUCUUUGACUGGGAAUAUCGUAUCUACGUGGUCUGGCGCGUUCCACUGGCUGAUAACCCUUUGCAGUUCAGAGGCUUGCAUUGGGGUUUGGGCAUCAGGGCUUACGCUGGAAUUCUACGACUGAAUCAAGGCACCUUUGGUGGGAUUAGGUGGCGGCGUUGCAAUUCCCUAGAGCUUGCUGAAAGGCUCUUUCGGGAAGAACUUCCUCUCCCGGACCGAGAGAUUGGCACAGAGUAUUACGAAUGGGUAGACGGCAAAGUCUUUUUUGUAGCCGAAGUCGAACUUCAUCAACUGAAAGCCUUUGGUGUUUCAACUGUUCUGAGUCUGGCAACAGGGUCAGAGAUGUUGAUUUCGAAAGCAAAGGAGUUGGAGGAGAGCGGUUCAGAACUGAUUUAUGCCACAGCCUCAGAUCGAGAGGUGAGGCCUCCCAAAAAGGCCAAGUUUGGUCGCAAGUCCGAAGUCCUGGAAUCGUCAGAAUCAAACAACAGCAGCAGUGGUUCGGAGGAUCUAGGGAUUCUUUCGAAAGCAGCAAAGUCAUGGCACGUUGGGGAUAUCAAACGAGAAAAGCAAGAAUCAGCGCCAAGCAAAUCAAAGAGUCGUUUUGCCCUUCUGGAAAACAGCAAAAAGAGAGAAGUCAAGUCCGAAGUGGAACAAUUGACCAAUCCUGCACUUCUGCUCAAACAGUUGAAAGGAGGUCAAGAUCCACUCCAAACUCUCCUCGCGCUCCAGCUUGCAGAAACGCUGGGAAAGAAGUCCAAGAAGAGCAAGAAACGAAAAAGCAGCAGUUCUUCUCGAGAUGCAGAAAGUUUGGACGACAGUGCGUCCAGCAGUGGGUCGUCAAGUCACCGCAAGCGAGGACAUGCUCGCGCCAUAGAAUCUUACCAAGGUUCUCGGAAGCGGAUGUUCCGCAAGCCUCUUCGCUAUGUGAAGCUCUAUGUGAAGGAGGUGGAGAAAGAGUUGGGGGCGGAAGACCGUCCUUACAAGCUGUCCGAAUAUGGCCGGAAAGUGCAGUGGGGGAAACAGCGCUCACUGCAGCGAUGCCAUUUCAUGCUCAGCGAGAUUCUCACCCGGCUUCUGAAGGGGCAAGUGGAAAAAGCUGCGUUGCAAACAGUGCUCUGUCUGAGAAGCAUCCAUCAAGCCGCCAUCGAUGGAACGUGGGACAUAGCCUGGCUUUUGACUCAUCUGCCGGAUCCAUGGACAAAACCUCAGUGGGGAGGCAGUGCCGAGGAAUUGGGGUAUGUGACAAGCUACCUCAAAUCAAUGGCAGAGCUGAACAAAAAUGCUGAGAAAGCCCGCUUCUCCGCUCAGGGAAGUGCAGAUCGAGGAGAGGGCGAAGCCGCUGUCCCUCCCAAAAAGGGAAAGGGAAAGGGCAAAAGCCGCGACAAGGAGAAGGACAAGCCGAAGGAGGAGGCAGGAACUGUCGAGGACGAGGUAGCCGUUCUCUUGCCUGUGUCCAUGGCCCUCAGAGACGAAACUGGCAAAAUCGUUUCUGGGGGCCUUUUCGCAGUCCUCCAGGACGCAGGGUGCAUGCAGAGCUCAGAGGUCAUUGCGUAUCGAGACUUGCUUCCAGCCAGAGCUGCUCAUGUUUGUGCUUUGUUUGCCCUUAUGCCCGAGUUGCAGACUCGCAAGUCCAACCGAAAGAUUUUGAAGCAGGCUGUCAAUUUCGUAAGCCGUGACGGAGCUCCGUCGUCCGAGAGCAAAAAGGCAGGUCUGUUGAAAACAUGUUGGACCACUGUUAAAGCCUGGCAAGAGCAAGUCGGUGGGCUAGUCCGCAGUCACUUGAGCAUUACAUUCAACAAGCAAAAGCACAGAGGUGGGGAAGCCUUGCGGAAGAAGUUUAGAAAGAUCUCCAUUGUCGGUGGAACUUUGAAAGGAGCACACUACGGUGACGUCUCGGAAACCGAUCUGAGAAAAGCUGCUAAAUCCUACAGAGGGGAUCCCAGAUUUGCCCAGUUUUGUAAACAGUGGGUGGCUGCCGAAACAGUGGCUCCGGAUGACGAGCCCUCCUGCCUUGGACACCAGAGUGCCAAUUCAUUCUCGGGAGAUAUGGGCGAGGGGCUCAACCUUUUGUCCGCAUUCACCCUUGACUGGAACAAGUUUGCGCUGGAAAGUUUGGUGGUUUUGGGGGUCUCUUGGUGCAUCAGCACCAUCGAAAAUCAGCUGAUUUUUGCAAUCUCGAUACCUGGCAGUUCGAUCAGUUCGCAUUGCUUGCUAGCCUUGGAUUUGACAAGGCGUGCCCCAGAGAAAAAGAGGGCGCGGUGA